AUGUCAACUUCUCCUGCCGAGGUCAAAGGCCUCAAAAUCUCGCCUGCUGAACCAUCCGCAGACGAUGUUGCGGUUUCCCAGUCCGAGAAGUACCAGUCCGGUGAUGAUAGCUUUGAGAUCUUCAAGAAAGGAGAGGGCCAGGUGGACUUUCGCACUGUCGGUUGGCUUCAGGCCGCUGUUAUCUUCCUGAAGGUGAUCUUUGCUACCGGUAUCCUCUCCAUUCCCUCGGUCAUGUAUGACCUGGGUGCGUUCCCUGGAGCCGUCAACCUUGUAGGCUGGUGCGUCCUCAACGCCUAUGGCGCUAUUGUCCUGGGCAACUUCCGGAACUCAUAUCCCGGCUGUCAUUCGAUCGUGGACAUGGUUCACCUAGCCGGAGGUCGUUGGGGUCCGCUCAUGCGAGAGAUCGUAGGCGUGAUGUUCAUCCUAGCCUAUGUGAUCGUUGCCUCCUCCGGCAUCAUCGGCGUCUCGGCCGCUUUCAAUGCCCUGUCCCGACAUGCAAUGUGCACCGUGUACUGGUCUCUCGUCUCAACGGCAAUCGUGGCCCUCUUUGCCAGCGUCCGCAAGUUCGCCCAUGUCGGCUGGCUCACCUGGGUUGGGUUCUUCAGCGUCUUUGCUGCCGUGUUCAUCAUCGUAAUCGGCGUCACAACCCGCGAUCGACCCGCCGCAGCCCCCCAAACCGGGCCCUUCGAUCUCGGCUUCCGCGCCAUCGGCCAUCCCACCUUCGCCGUAGGCAUCACCGCCUCCGCAACGAUCUUCUGCUCCAGCGCCGCAACCUCCGCCUUCCUCCCCGUCAUCUCCGAGAUGCGCAAACCAAGAGACUACCCCAAAGCCGUGUACCUGAGCAUGAGCUUCGUGACAACCUCCUACCUCGCCUUCAGCCUGGUCAUCUACGCCUGGUGCGGCAAGUGGAUCGCCUCGCCCUCGCUCGGCAGCGCAGGCGAGACAGUCAAGCGCGUCGCGUACGGCAUCGCCCUCCCCGGCCUCGUCGUCAGCGGCGCGCUGUACGUGCACGUCGGCGCAAAGUACCUCUUUGUGCGGAUCCUGCGCCACUCGAAGCAUCUCCAGGCGAACACCCUCGUCCACUGGGGGACCUGGCUGGGUUGCACUGUAACCCUGUCCGCCAUCUCAUUCAUUCUGGCCAGCGCCAUUCCCAUCUUUACGUAUGUCCUUGCGUUGGUGGGGAGUCUCUGCUAUUCGCCGCUGGCGAUCUGCUUGCCUGGGUGGCUGUGGCUUUAUAGUCACCAGCACUACCGGCGGGGAAGCGUGGGCCGGCUCGUCAUCUACGGUCUGCAUGUGGGGAUGAUUCUACUGGGGAUCUUUAUGACUAUCGGAGGCACGUAUGGGGUAGUAGUCCAGAUCAUGGAUGCUUACCGCAACGGACGGAUUGAUCAAGCGUUCUCGUGCGCGGAUAAUAGCGGUACAGUCUCGUAG